AUGAUGCCAGUGCGCAAGGUUGCUCAUCGAGCCUGCUUCUUCGUGAGCAGAACGGUGUAUAUGACGUGCUGCUGCGGAUGCUGCUCCGCGUUGCGACCACGUUACAAACGUCUCGUGGACAACAUCUUUCCGGCCUCGCCUCAGGAUGGCCUGGUCAAGUCGAACAUGGAGAAGCUCACAUUUUAUUCCCUAUCGAGUCCAGAGAAAUUGGACAGGAUCGGCGAGUACCUGUUUCAAAAAGCCUCCAGGGAUAUAUACAGACGGAGACACGGUUUCGUGAUAAUCGCUAUGGAGGCGAUGGACCAGUUACUGCUGGCCUGCCACUCACAAACGCUCAACCUCUUCGUGGAGAGCUUCCUCAAGAUGGUGCAGAAGCUGCUUGAGUCCACUGACCCUCAGCUUCAGAUUCUAGCAACUCAGAGUUUCGUCCGCUUCGCAAACAUUGAGGAGGACACGCCUUCUUACCAUCGGAGGUACGACUUCUUUGUGUCCAAGUUCUCGGCGAUGUGCCACAGUAACCACAGCGACAAGGCCACCAGGGACAAGAUACGUCUCGCCGGUAUCAUAGGCUUGCAGGGCGUCAUAAGGAAAACGGUGUCCGAUGACCUGGUGGAGAACAUUUGGGAGGCGCAGCAUAUGGACAAAAUUGUGCCCUCGCUGCUCUACAACAUGCAGAGCGCGGAGAAGUACGAGACAGUGUCGUGCAUGGAGGCAGAGUCUUCCAGAGACGGCGGGGACGAGGACCCCGCCCGACUGGCGGAGGCGUGCCUGCGCGAGCUGGUGGGCCGUGCCUCCUUCGGCCAUAUCCGCAGCGUGCUGCGCCCUGUGCUCACACACUUCGAUCGACAUGAGCUUUGGGUCCCGAACGACUUCGCAGUACAUACAUUCAAGAUUAUAAUGUUCUCGAUUCAGGCGCAGUAUUCGUAUAGCGUGGUGGAGGCUCUAAUGCAGCACCUUGAUGCUGGCUCUGGAGGGGGGCCGGCCAGGACACGCGUGCGUGCCGCCCGGGCCUCCGUGCUCAGCAACAUCGUCGCCAUCGCCGCCGCGGACAGCGUAGGUCCCUCCGUUUUGGAAAUAAUCAACAACCUUCUCACAAACCUGAGAGCAUCAGUGGCGAGGGACUCAGAGAAAGAGAGUGACGAGAAGCUGUACCAGGAUGCGUUGAUCAACGCUUUGGGAGAGUUCGCAGAUCACCUGCCUGACUUCCAGAAGAUUGAUAUCAUGAUGUUCAUCGUCAGCAAGAUCCCGAGCAACCAGCGCACCGGGAAAGGAACGAAAGCCGACGCCAUGCUGCAAAGCAUACUCUUGAAGUCUCUGUUGAAGGUGGGCGCUACGUACAAGACGACGGAGCUGAGCAAGGCGUUCCCCGCAGCGUUCCUGGAGGCGCUGCUGCGGCUGUCGAGCGCUGCGGAGCCGCACACGCGCGCGCUGCUGCAGCGCAUCCUGCACACGCUGCUCGACCGCCGCCGCAACGCGCCGCUGCUCGCCACGCCCACUGUGGAUUAUGCAGAGCUUGGGCUAACAGUGGAGAAGUGUUCUCGACCAGAUUUGAUUUUCAUCAGCAAGCAUGGUUACGCUAUCUUCAGCUCAUUGUACGAUGGUCUCCAACUGGAAUCGAAUACAUUGGAGAACGUGGAAGCUAUUUAUACCACGCUGGCGCUGCUUUGCAUCGAACUGGCCUCGGAGGAGACGGUGUGCGAUAUGCUGCAGCUGAUAUUGGCCAUCCAGCAGUCCGCAAUAAGCAACCCGGUGCUGUCGACGGCGCAGCAGUGCCGCCUGCACGCGUGCGCGGCGGCGCUGUUCGCGCUCCCGCCGCACGUGCUGCCGCUGCCCGCGCUCAAGGAGUACGCCGACAAGAUAAUAGAAGCUCGGCGUGAGGACGCCCCGCAUCUUCUGCCGCCACUUCUAGAAGAUUACGACGAUUUGUCGCCCUCUAAGAUGCCCUCGAAGCUGCCGUUUCUAAUGAUUGAUCAGAUGGCGGUGUGCGAGUGCGUGAAGGCGUGCGGGCUGGACGCGAGCCGCAUGCAGUCGCCGCUGCCCUACAGCGCAGCGGCCGCCGCACUCGCGCACCGGCACAGCUGGGUCGAGGCUGGUGCGGCCCAGGGGCGGGACAGCCUGGCCGACAUCGCGGCCGGGCCCGCCGAGCUGGACAGCGCCAACAGCUCGCCUGGCGUCCAGAGGCAUACGAUGCCAUCAGACAGCGUAAGCCUCGAGGCUUUGCGCAGGGCAGCCCAUGGUCCCAGUGAAGCUGAGAAACGUGAGGCCGAGCGUCGGAAAGCUACGCUGAACAACACCUUCCGAACCGCGCCCUUCGACUACUUACUGCACUUGACGCAACCCAAGUACGAAAUCCAGGACAAGCUGCAGGAGAGCUUCUCGUCGCUGUCGCAGGAGCCGCUGCUGGCCGGCGGCUCGCCCAGCGCUAAGCUGCGCAGCGCGCACGACGCUGCGCUGCCCGAGCUCUUCCUCUACUGA